UUCCCUCAAAUAGUCUGAUGACGUUUUAUCGCAUCUAUUUUUUGCAAAGCUUCAAUAUAUACGAUCAUCUAAUGUCGGAUACUGAGUGGGAUUUAGAUCUCUCGCGAAAUAUUAUUAAAUCAAGAAAAUUGAUAGAGACUUACAAUGAUGAAGAAAUGGUGGAUCAAAUCAAAGAUAAUUGGGAUGAUGAGGAGGAUGAAAAUCUAAUAUCACAAAUUAUAUCUAACAAUCACAUUAAUAAUGAUGAUUUAACACAAAAUAUAUUGAUCAAAAAUUUAUCACAUCCCUCUGCAAAUGAGGAUGUGUCUCAUAAGGGCAACUCACUUGAUAAUAUAAGAAGCAAUGACACACAUCAAACUAUUUCAUUAAAGACAAAUUUAAAUACAAAGGAAUUGACUCCAGAAGAAAAAAUAGCUGAAAGAUUGAGGUUGCAAAAAUUGCAAGAGGAAGAUGAUCUUUUAUUGGCUAAAGAAAUGUUUGGAAAUGAAAAUAUAUGCAGAAUUGAACAACCUCCUAUAUCUAUAAUUAGCACAAAUUCACAAAUAUCUAGUCAAAGCUCUGAUCAUAUGGCUAAUGAUAUUGAUUCUAUUAUUAAAUCUAUCACAAAACUCCCUAAAAAUACAAGACAAGAUUUUGAAAAUUUGGCUCAUAAUCUUAAAACAUUAUUGGAAACUGUAAAGGAUUCAUCACAUUUCCAUUUUCUAGCUGAAGAAAUUAUUAGAUACUUUUGCCAACAAAUUUCAGCCACCGAGGUUAAAAAGCUUAGUAUUAUGAUGGAUACUUUAUCCCAAGAAAAAUUAAAAUCGCGACAGGGUAAGAAAAAAAUUAUUCAACAAACCACAAUUCCAGCUGCAAGCAAGAGUAAAAGGCCUAGCCUUAAGAAAACUAGUGACAAAGACUAUGAUUCAUUUAUGCCACCAGAUGAGGAUGAAUAUGAUAUGUUUUAAAUAUAAUCAACACAACAAAUAAAAUUGACAUAAAUUUUACCAUAUCUUAUGCUUUAAAAUACUUGUCUUUUAAAAUAUAAUCAAAUUUGGAUAUUAAAAUUUAGGAAAAAAUUCAUUUUUUUUGCCAAUCAAGUUUACAAAAAAUGUGUUGGGAGAUUAAUAUAGAAAAAAUCAUAUCAAUUUUUUUAUACAAUGAAUUUGUUUUCCAAUUUCAGGAUUGAAUCUUUUAUAGUUAACUAACAAAUAACAUGGAGUGGAAUUUUCCUCAAUCAUUUUG